AUGAAUGGAAAUAAUAAACUAAAACAUUCAUUAAAUCCAACAAAUAAACCAUUAACUUUAAUUAUAAAUGGUAUUCUCACAUGUAAUUCUUUUGUUAAUAAUUCUCUUUAUUAUUUCACUAAUUCUUCUUCAUCAACACAAUUAAUAAAUAUUAAUAAUAAUGGUAAUAAUAAUAUAAUGAUAUUUGAUGAAACAGUAACACUAAAUGGUCAAUUAUCAAAUUGUAUUGUUUUAACUGGUAAAACAAAUAAAAAAUUUAAAUGUAUUGAAUGUGAAAAAGGAUAUUAUUUAAAUUCAAAUAAAGAAUGUCAAAUAUUACCAGAUAAUUGUAUUGUAGGAUAUAAAACAUAUUGUUAUCAAUGUAAAGAAGGAUUUAUUAAAGAAAAAGGAGAGUGUAAAGAAAUUGAUAAUAAAUGUAAUAAAUCAGAAAGAAAUUAUUGUUUAAAAUGUUCAAAUGGAUAUAAAAUAGAAAAUAAUCAAUGUAAUGGAGAUAAUGAAGAUCAAUGUUAUUAUGAAGGAAAUAAAUGUGUAUCAUGUUCAAAUAGAUAUACAUUAAACAAUAAAAAAUGUUCAAAUAAAGAAAAGAAUCAAAAUGGAAAGAAUGAAGAAAUAUAUUGUGAAAAUGGAAAAUACAUUGACAAUAAUAAUAAAUGUAUAGAAUGUUCAAAAUCAGAAAUAUGUAAAACAAAUGAUAUUGAAAUAAAAUGUAAAUAUGAAGAAUAUUUAGAUAAUAAUAAAUGUAUAAAUAAAACAUGUGAAGAAGAUAUGAUAAAAGAUCAAAAUGGAAAAUGUAAUAAUAAUAUUCAAAAUUGUUUAAAUAAAUCAUAUGUUAAUGGAAAAUGUGUUGAAUGUUCAAAUACAUAUUCACCUAAUUUUAAAGGAGAAUGUAUUAAUACAAAAAUAGAAUAUUGUGAAGAAGAAAAUACAUAUGGAUGUAAAAGAUGUAAAGAAGGAUAUUAUUUAACAAAAGAUAAGAAAUGUUUAAAAUGUGAUGAUAAAUGUGAAACAUGUUAUGGAACAUCUACAUAUUGUAUGAGUUGUUCUAAUGAUAAAUAUUUAAGAAAUGAUAAAACAUGUCAAUCAAAUGAAGAAUUAAAUGGAACAUGUUUACGAAUAUUAGCAGAUGGAAGUGGAUGUGGAAUAUGUAAGAAUGGAUAUUAUAGAAAUGGGAAAGGAUGUUCAAAAUGUGAAAAAGAAUGUUUAACAUGUAAUCAAAAAGAUAAAUGUAUAAUAUGUGGAGAAGGAUAUUUUAUGAGUUCAACAGGAAUAUGUAAAUCAACAACAACAAUUAAAGGGUGUAAAGGAGAAAUAGAUAAAGAAUAUGGAUGUAGAGAAUGUUUAACAGGAUAUUAUUUAAUAAAUAAAGAAUGUUCAAAAUGUGGAAAUAAAUGUAUAACAUGUUUAAAUGAGAAAGAAUGUAAUACAUGUGAAGAUGAAUAUAUAAUAAUAAAUAAAGAAUGUAUUCAUUAUUCAAAUAUUAAUAAAUGUAAAGAAACAAAAAAUAAUAAAUGUUCAAAAUGUUCAUUUUGGUAUGGAAUCAAUGAAGAAGGAACAAAAUGUAAUAAAGAAAUUGUAUGGUGGAUGAUAAUGAUAAUUAUCAUCAUUAUACUUAUUAUCAUCAUUAUAAUAAUUAUAAUUAUAAUAACAAUGAUUAAUUACAUUAUAAAACUCAAAGAAAAGAAAGAACAAGAGAAAACAACAACAAUAUUUAAAAUUUCACAAUCAAAUAUCAAAUUCAUAUCACUUGGAGAUGGAAUAAUAACAAAUAAAAAAGAAAUAGAAAUAGGAGAAGGAGAAGAAAUUGAAGUAAAUAAAGAAAUCAGAGAAUUAAUAUUAGUAAAGAAGAAAAUGAAAAAUAUUCAAUUAGAACAAACCCAAAUAUCAUUACAAUUGAAGGAGGAUAUGCAUGUGAAUUUGAAAUAUUUAUUACAAUCAAAUGUACUACUAAAAUUAAAGAACAAAUGA